GCGCAUCAUUCGUCUUCUGGUUGCUGCUCACAAGGGAACGUACCGCAGUCAAACUUCAAGGAUACCGAUACCGAAACUCUCCUCCGCAAGGAUAUACACCAUGAAGCAAGCUAGGGGGAUCCUGCCAUUGCUCGCGCUGGCCUGCCUGGCGGCCGGUGCCCUGGCCGGCAAUACGAUCGACGAGUUCGAGUAUCUGUCUGUCCAGGAGAUGUGCGCCCUGCUGCCGUGGGAGACGAGCUUCCUGCGCCCGACCACCUGUGACAAUUGGGUGACCUGUCCGCAGGUCAACGGCACCAGUCUGGAGCACGGCGCCUGCGCCACCGGCCUCUUCUACAACAAGCAGCUGGGCCGCUGCAACCUGGCCUCCAGCGUCAGCUGUCCCUACACGGGCUUGGAGGUCGCCUCUCCCGUCAACAUGUGCGCCAACGAGACCGACGGCACCUUCCUGGAAGACGCCAGCAGCAGCGACUGUCGCGGCUACAUCCUCUGCCAGGGCCGCGCCCAGAUCCACGCCAACUGCCCCAACGAGCUGAUCUUCAAUCCCAGAUCCCGCUCCUGCGUCUACCACAACCAGUACACGUGCCCGGUGAGCCAGACGCAGCACACCAGCCCGGCAUGCCGCUCCCUGGCCAACAAUACGCGCCUCGCCCACACCGAGCACUGCGAGCGGUACUACGAGUGCGUCAACGAUAUCCUCCACAGCCGCGAGUGUGCAGCCCAGAAGGCCUACGACGUCAACAGGGGCUACUGCGUGCCCGUCGAGGAGGUGGCCUGCUACGCCACGGCCGCCCUGCCGGAGCCGGAGAACACGUUCUGCCUGAACAGCACCGGUGGCUACUACGCGGAUGAUCAGUCCUGCAGCCACUACUACAUCUGCGGCAAACCCGUCAUGGGCAAACACGACACGCAGCCCCAGCACCUGAGCUGCGCCCUCGGCCAGUACUUUGACAUCGAGAAGCUCUCCUGCCGCGACCGUCUCAACGUUCGCUGCGUGCUGGACCGCUGCGUGGGCAACAACAUGUCCUACGUGAACGUGGCCGAUGAUUGCCAGAAAUAUGCCCGCUGCUCGGGCGGCGUCACCGCCGGCACCGGCCGUUGUCCGGACAAUUACUACUUCGAUGAGCGCAGCCAGGGCUGCACGCCCACCAACAACCACUACAUUGCCUGCUCGCCCAGGAUUGCCUAACCCGUCAGCCGUAAAUUAUAAUAAUCCGAUCCGAUCCGUAUCCGUAUCCGUAACAUGGUGGAGGUCACAAGUAGCGAUGGUCAUGGACUCAAAUGCACGAUUAAAAAUUUUCUGAACACGGUCCAAUACGUCAAAUUGUAAUUUCUUUUAUUUGUUUUUGUUGCAUACUUUUAUUAAUAUUAAACUUCAACAAUGCAUUCC